AUGGAUAUUAUCAGGCCAGUAGCAUUCCGACCAUAUGCUUCACGCAAAUCAGACAAACGGCAAACAGUUAUCUCAUCAUCCUUCUCUUUUUAUAACAGUAACAAGAAGAAAAAUGAUUUUUCAACAAAGCCCUCAUCAAACAGUGAUGAAUUGAAACGAUCUUCACAACAUUCGAAAGACACUGUGUCAAAUGCUUCCGUACCAUCAUUACUUAAUGGUAACAACAGACCACGAGCCAUCUAUCAACCAUCAACCAGCUUCCAAAUGACAUCAGCAAUGGUUGCGGAGAAAAGAUCCAGCAAAUUUGAAGCUGAGGAGAAUGAUUAUGAUGUUGUGCCAGAAUACAUUGAACGCGACAAGUUCUACAUUGAUGUGGAUUCGUCAAUCAAUGAGAACUAUUCUGUUGUACAUUCGACGCCUUACUGUAGCAACCCAUCGUCCGAGAGACUUCAUGUUGUAGCAGCGACACCAAAUAAUAAUACUAACAUUAAUCAUGAUAAAAUACAACAGCAAAACGACAAUGCAGCAGUCAGCGUAGGAGCAGGAAUUUCUUCACUAAAUCCUAUCAAGAAAUCUCCAUCUUCACACCAAGUUUAUGGUUCGAAUGCUUCUUCAGGUAGUCGUUACAGUUCAGGAAUACACGUCACACCUUCACCAAGCGAUUCCGGUAUUGUUGAUUACGAGACAAUCAUUCGAGAUAAGGAGAACGAAUUGACAAAUGUACGAGCAACAAUGGAACAGAACGAAGAGGUUUUAGUGAAAGUUUACCUAGAAAAAGAACGACUUUGGAAAGAGCAACUUGCUGAUCUCAAACAAAAGUUGCAGGCUAGCCAACAGGGAGAAAACGCACUACGGCAACAAAUUCAGCGGUGUAAUGAAGAACGAGAACAAUUCCGAAGUACAAUACAGAAUCUUACCAGCGAUAAACAAGGAUUGCAACGCAAGUGUUUGCAAAUAGAACGUGAUUUGUUUCAACUGCGUGAAUGUUUUGAUGAACUUAUUCGAAAUCGUGACGAAACUGUUUGCGGUCCAUGUCGCAAACGCAUUACAUGUGAUGUUACUGCAGCAAAUACCAACAAUAGUAUUGCUGACAAACGUAUUAGACCUCCAUUGCCAACACCGCGGUAUUCCAAGGAACCGUCAUCAGAACGUGAAUUACGUAGUGAAGUCGAAGAGCUAAGAGCCGAAGUGUCAACCUUGCGUGAUACACUCAAUGAACAAAUCAGCCUCUUUGCUGACGAAAGGAAACGUUGGGAAGAGGAACGAAUUAAGAUUUUGAAGUCCAAUAACUCGCCAUCGAAUCGGUUGGGUCUCUUGUCGACGAACGAUUCUUCGUCGGCAGAAAUAACUGCUCAAGUAUCUAGGGAUCUGAAAAUUCUAACCGAUGGUAAAUCAUAUAUUGUUAGCCAUGAUCGCCUAAUCUGAUAGAUUUUAGGUACGAAUUUUCUUUUUCGCAUCAUUUUGUUGUGUUACUGUAAUCUUUAUCCUUUUUAUGUUGAUAGAUCACAUUUGUUUGACUGUUUUCCGUUAUCUAUUUUUCCUUAAGUGAGGUGGUUUUCAAAGAAUGGUUUUUUCCAAUAAAGUGAUCUAUCAAUAAAUUUAAGUUUGCAAUUAUUUCUGUAUAAUCACAGAUUCCGG